UCCAGAGUAACUCAUCAGUAAUACAGGAAUUGGCGUUGCUGAUCCGCUGCAUUUCUUGGACUAGGCCUAUCUCUGGACGUCUGAAGACAUCGGCGUCCAUCUCUCUUUCAAUAUUCCAGUCGGCUCCUUCAUCAACCCCUGCGUCUAAAGUGGAUUGCUGGGAAGAAGAAGAACAGUACAGAUUUGGACUUUGGAGAGGCAGGAGGCACUCUGAAGAGGUGGUAUCUGAGUUGCAAGCUACGCUCCGGGAGUCCAUAACAAACCACAAGACCACCCUUCACCCCAAGCAGAACUUCAACUCAGGCCUGCCUUGUACUGCUGGCCUCUUCCUACUGCUUGCUGUAAAGUACAGACGACCCUACUGCCGCCAAGAUGGCUGACAUGGACAUGGACAUCAUGGAGGACCGUGACAAGCUGAAGCGCAACGUGGUGAAGGUGCUGGAGUGCGUGGCCACCAUCUCCUCGGCGGCGGCCGUGGUCAACCCCAUCUUCGGCGUGGCCGGCUCCCUCAUCCGCGUGGUGCUCCAUCACAUCGACGACGAGGAGAUCAAGACGCUCAAGCGCGAGUUCGGCAGCGUGCACCGGGCGCUGGACGAGCUCUCGCAGCAGCACCGCAGCGCCCUGCUGCAGAUCCGCAAGGAGACGCUGGACGGCCAAUACUGCACCGUGGAGGAGAACCUCAAGAACCAGUUCCGCAAGUUCAUGGAGGUGGUGGAGGCGCGGCCCGGCGACCACCAGCAGCGCAAGAAGGACGACUUCGAGGAGAGCUACGCCAACGACAUGGGCGACCAGAACCUGCACACCCUCUACGACGGCGUGAUGGGCAAGCCCAAGCUCUUCAGCCAGCCCAUCCUGGAGGUCUACAUGAGGCACUCGCAGCGCGACCGGCGCGUCAUGGAGCGCCUCUGCACGCGCCUCACCUACCUCUUCUGCAUCGGCCUCAUCGCACUCAUGGGCUACGCCGCCAUCAUUGGGGACGACGAGGAGGGCCUGAGCGAGGAGUGGACCGAGAAGAUGGAGAACGUGCAGGAGCGCAUGCAGGAGGUGCUGAGGAGGUGCAAGUAAAGCAAGCGCUGAUGAUGAUGAUGAUGACGAGGUGGAGGAGACGGAGAGGAGGCGAGAUGAGAGGAGAGGAUCCGAACCCACCCCCUCUCACAUCUCGUUUCCCCUCUUUCUGUCGUCAUGUGGGAGGUGCUGAGGAGGUGCAAGUGAAGCACUGAUGAGGUGGAAAGGAGAGGAGACGGAGAGGAUCUCUCCCUCUACACCUCAGUCCCCACAUCUCAUAGGACCCUGCUUACCCUCCUCUCCUUAUCCACCAAAAGAAAACUUCUUUUCAUCCCUUCUUGUCUUCCUGUGGGGAGGUGCUGAGUGAACCAGGCAAGCAGGGAGGAGAGGAAACAGCCGCCUCCCUUCCUCUUUCCCCUUUACUUCAAAUUGGACCCAGCCUUGCCCUAAAACAUCUCUAAAGCGUACUCCCUUUCUUCUUAUCCUCAUGCAGGAGCUGCUGAGGGAAAGAGGAGAGGGAAAGGAUGCCCCCCUCCUCUCUUUCUCCCCAUGCCUCUCUUCCUCUCUCGGGCUCUCUCCUUGUCUUUUCCCCUUCAGCGCACGUUGGACCCUUAUUUGUCUCCCGUCUGCCUCCUCAAAACAAACUUCUUCCCUCCCCUCCCUUCCCUUUCCUCUCCUCUGGGCCUUCUCCUGUUGUCUUCUCAUGUUCCAUGCCAUACAACAACAAACUGCGGCUCCAUUCCAGUUUCUCCUUACACACCCCUGGGGUCUUGUUGAGAGCGGCUCACUGAGAAUGUACCUUUUAGAAAAAUCUAAACUGCACUUUUUCUUUCUUUCUCUUCUUCACCUAUCCCUGUGUCUUGUUCAGGUCUGAUACAUGUAUGACAUACUGUAUGUAUAAUAAUAUGCAUAACCAGGGUGCGAUUUGUUGAAGAACCAGAAGGGGGGAUAAGUUUAAGAUUUUAAGCAUUAUCAAUGGAGUUACAUACCGCAAAUAUUAAAAUCCUGUAGGAAUAGUGGAAGUAUCAAAACCAGAAGGGGGGACAAUCCCCCCCACCACCCCUACAAAUCGCACCCUGUGCAUAACCAUAACAGCAUUGCAAGGUUCAUUUAGACCUCGUUUACACGUAUAUGGAUGUCUGAAAGGCCCUGAUAAGAAACUAUUCCUUUACACAUAAACACUGUUGUAAUCAAGUUUUGAAAACAUCCGUUUUAAGGAGCUAGAGAUUUGUCAAACACACCUGAAACGGAUACGGGCAAAUAGGGGGGUGGGGGGUGGUGGGGUCUUCUUGUUUGUACAUGCCUGGUUAUUAGGCAGUCCCAUGUGAGUGAUUCCAUAUUCUACAGCCAUUUUUAUUGACUUGACCAUUCUGAUUUAUUAUAUACACGUGGUGUAUAAAUGGGAUCUAGUAUAAAAGGAUUAAGAAAAUACAUCUGUUUUUGAAAAAUGUCCAUUUAUGUGUUAAACGGAGUCUCGGCCAAACAAACUUCAACUAGUUGUAGCAGCUGUUCCACAUGCUAAGCUUACAACAGUCUUGAAUCCUACUAUGUGCAAUGCAAUGUAAAGAGAAAUAUGAUGAACUGUCUGUACAGUGCAUCAAUGACAACACUAAAACAAAAAGAGGGACAAUGUGGUGAUAAAAACUGAAAUGUCUGAAACCACUAGAUGGACAACCUCAGAGAUUAUCACUAGCUGUUACUACAAUCAUACAUCAUUUCCAAACCUGCAUGCCAGAUAUACUACUGUAAGCACUGGCCCCUACUCGCUCAUCACAGUAUAGACAUUAUCCAGCAUUACUAAUUCAUUACACUACUUGCUUUCCAAGACAUGAAGAAGGCGGUCUCUGCCACAAUGCUGACUGUUGAGCUAUUUAACCAAGUGCCGCUUCACUCUGAGCUACUCCAUAUGACACUACAGUGCUACAGCAAGUAAAUAGGAGUUGAAAUAGGAAAAAUAAAUGUUUUAUGCCUCAUAUAAAACACUACUAGACCUGCCCAAGACAGACCACAUGGUUUUACACACCUCACAGUGUUGAAACACUACAAAAUAUGUGCACACGCACACACACACACACAAACACACCAAACAAACACUGUUGUCAGCAGCUACUUGCAUGCAUUUUGUCAAAAUAUUAUGAAGAGAUGUGAAGUAAAUGCUUUAACAAAAAUGUUAGUGGAAACAAAAGGUCAACCAUCUUCUCUGCAUAGCCCUCUGGUUAAUGCCUUUUUGAGUAAUCAAUCUAUUCUUUUUUUAAUUGAUGAAAAUAUUCAUGUGUACAUUUCUUUCUUUUUUGUAAACCAAUGCCAUUUAUAUUUUUCCAUUACCUUUGACAUUAUUUUGACUGACAAACAUGCCUUCAGUGCCUCAAUUCUGAAUUACAAUUUUACUAGGCUCUUGUAUGUUGCCAAUAUACAAAAACUCAAAGUAAUGUCAUGAUGUUGAAUAACUUAGAUUUGUUUUAGCUUCUGAACAAAUUCCACAUGAGCAGUUGUGAUGGAUCUCUUUCCAAUGUGAUUCAGUUCUCUGUUGCAUACUAUAACUGUUAAUAAAAAAGGCAAACCUGUCAUGAAAGUGA